AUGGAAAGCCCGAGGAAGAACUUCAAGCAUCCUAGAAACCUCGUUACAAAGAUGCCAAGGAACACUCCCAACGACAUAAUCCUCCAUGCACUCACUACAGAGAAGGCUGCCCGAUGCAUGGAGCAGUUCAACACCCUGGUCUUUUAUGUGGAGAAGACUUCCACCAAGCCGGAGAUCAAGAAGGCUAUCACGGAGCUCUAUGGGAGUAAGGUUAAGAAGGUCAACACCCUGAUAAACAAGCAUGGGAAAAAGGCAUAUGUUAGCUUUGCUGACGAGGGUGCUGCCCUUGAAAUCGCUGCCAAGAUAGGUACAAUCUGA